AAUAUAUUAAAUAUAUUAAAUAUAAUUAAAUAAACCAUUAUACCAAGAAAUUGAGGGCCUGAGACUGUGACUGAUUAGGUUCCCUGGUUCUGAUUCUGUAUUAGUUCUUACCUGGACUGAAGAUGAUGAGCUCGGGUCAUAAGCGAGUCCACAGCCUGGGCUCCGUGCCCGUACCCACCAUUUCUCAGCUGCAGGUCGGGUACAGCGGGCAGCAGGACUAUACUGCCAAUGAUAUGAACAGUAUCUACUCUGCAGUCAUCAAGGUGUUUCGAGGGGAGGGGCUGCAGAUGAAUGAACUCUACUCACUAAAUGAAAGGAUCAGAUGGCUUCUAAAAACAGAAAUGGGUUCCUUCAUCAAAGAGUAUUUCCAGAAUCAGCUGUUGAAUAAAGGCCUGGGGUUCAUACUGGAGGAUCUGCAGCAGCACCACAGGGAAAGUCGUCUGUUUGUCUUGGCUGAGGUCUGGCUGCUGUUUUUCUCUGAGAUUCUGCCCUCGCUACAGGCUAUAUUCUACCCCCUGCAGGGUCAGGAGCUGACGGUGAGGCAGAUGGCUCUGCUGGCCUUCAGGGAUCUGGUCCUAAUGCAGCUUCCUCUGGAGGAACUGCUGCCCAACAACUCAUCACUCCUUCCCUCAGCCAUCACACAGAUGCUGCUAAUCCUACAGGGCGUCCAUGAACCCCGGGGUCCCUCAGAGGAAUACUGUCGGCUGGAGAAGAUGCUGGAGACGGUGGUCUCUCCUUACCUGUGGAACUGCAAACAUCAAAGUUCUGCAGAAGAAACCCGAGACUCCAGUCUCCUGAUCCGUCCUGAGAUCCGGAUCACCCAGCACACCUCAGAGAGCUCUCUACUCUCACCUUUACAGGAGCAGGAAGGAGAGGCUCACCCGGAUAGAGGUGCAGGAUUAUGGCGCCACACUGUGGCUAAAGGCUUAUCCACCAUCUCCAACAGAUCCAAGCUUCUCUCCAUUACUGACGGGAUGCAGACGUUCGAGGAAAUCAAAGAACACCACAGCAGAGACAAUUAUCUGGAGAGUCAAAGCUGUUAACACUUUGCACAAGGUCACCGUAACGCUCAUCGCUAUCUUACAGCAAAAGAGCUUCUGAAUAUAUCUACACUGAUGGGCGUGGUGUUCUGGAAAUGAGGUGUGUUCAGGUACAUUUCUGGAGUUUUAUCUUGUUUAUCUUGGUGUUGGAAAACACAGGAGCUCCACUGACUGAAUACAACCUAGACAGAUGCCAACAUUCAUUCAGACGUUCAUCUCUAUCUCGGCACAGCAGUGCACAAGCCCAACUUUUACAUCAACAAUAAACAGAAUAGUAAAUAAAAUAACAUUGCUGUUAUUUCAUCAGGCUGGACAGUGCACUGCUUAUGCACAAAAUUAACCACACCUAUAAUUAAGAAAAUUAAACAUAAACAUGUCUUUUGCACGUUUCAAGAUGUGCAAGGUGUACUUUUCCUGUUGUUACGAUAGCAAAGACACAGUGCACAGCUGCACAGUGCUCUGCUUACUCCCAAAAUUAACCACACCCAUAAUUAAGGGAAUUAGUAUGCCUUUUGCGAAUUUCGAGCUAAACAAGGUGUACUUUUCCCGUCGUUAUGAUAGCAAAGACACACUAACAUGCUCUAAAUCAGGCUGCACAGUGCACUGCUUACGCACAAAAUUACCAACCUCUAAAAAAAGAAAAUUAGACAUAAACAUGUCUUUUGCACGUUUCAAGAUGUGUAAGUGUACUUUUCCCGUCGUUAUGAUAGCAAAGACACACGAACAACAACACGCCCUAAGUCAAGCUGCACGGUGCACAGUACGCAACUCACCUAUAGAUCACUAAAAUAGGACCCUCUGAGUCUGAGGACUUUCACAACACUCAAAGAUUUUUGAUUUUUUUACAACAUACAUUAUUU